AUGCGAAUUCUUUUAUUGUUUAUAUUUGUUGGAUUUUCAUCAACAACUGAACAUUGGUUUAUAUUUGAUCAAUAUCAAUUUCCAGGAUUUUAUACACCACUUUUUACAUUAACUUCUUUAUCAAAUAAUCAACAAGAACAAAAAUAUCUUUCAUUUGCUUUAUCUACAUAUGACCGUUCUAUAAUUGUGGAUAUUAACAUUUAUAAUUCUGAUGGAACAAUAAAACAACAAGAAACAUUAAUUAAAUUAAAUAUCGAACGUGCUAAUAUAGUAUUUAAUGCAUUAAAUCAUAUGAUUUUUGUUGUUAUUCGAGAUCAAACUAAACUUGAAACUUAUGUUAAUUGUAAAUUAAUUGAUUCAUAUUUAUUUUAUUCAUCAAAUCUAAUCAAUGAAUAUGAUAAUAAAAAUAUAAUUUAUCAAAUAAAAAAUAUUACAAAAAAUAUUGAAUAUUAUGAAAUAACAUCAAACAAUGAAUAUACUCAGCAGCAAAUAUUUGAUAUGUUUUCUUGUAAACAAACUAAUGUAAGCACAUCUUCUGAUAGUAAAACAAAAUCCAUCACAAUCGAACAACCAUUAAUCCGUAAAAUGCAACAUGUUGUUGAAAAAGUUCAACAACGUAAAUUACGAUCAAGACGUCAAAAUAAUCAACGUACUUCUUUUACAGUCUCAUCUGAUUCAUUGACAAUUAUCUAUAAACCUAAUAUUGAUAAAAUCGAUAUCAAUAAUAUAAAUGUUCAUACUAUUUUUAAAAUACCACAAUUAAAAUUUUAUAUUCAAUAUUAUCCAAAUGAACAUCUUUUUAAUAUUCGAUUUAAUAAUGAAAAUCAUACUGAAUUUAUCUUAUAUGCUGAUAAAUCAACUGAUCGUAUAUUAUCAUUAAAUAAUAAUCUUGUUAUUUUUUUACAUAUAACAUCAACAAUGAUACAAUGUUAUAUUAAUUGUGAAUUAAUUGAUCAAGAAUUUGUUAUUGAUACAUUUUAUAUAGAAAAUAUAAUUCGACAAAUAAUAAAUAAUAAUCAAUAUGAAUAUAAUCGUCAGUCAACAUUAAUUUUAUUUAAUAAAACAAUUGAUCAAAUAGCAGAAAUGUUUUUUUGUUUAAAAUUAGACCAAAACAAUCAAGAUUUAUUACCAGAUAAAUAUACUUUAAGAAAAUUCACAAAUGCACUAGAUGUACUUGUUGAUAAUCUUGAUAGUCCAAUUAAUAAUUAUCAAAAUGAAAAAAUUCAUACAAAAACUUCUUCAUUAUUAACAACAACAACACAAACUAUAUCUGCCGUGAAUAUUCCUUUAAUAAAUGGCUUUGGAAGUUUCAAAGUACUUCCAUCAAAUCCAACUAUUGAAACAUCAUCCGUAUCAAAUGAUCUAAUUGAAUAUAAUAAAUUAUGUUCUACGAAUGAAAAUUGUGAUGGAAACAAAUCUUUAAUGAUAUGUCAAUCAAAUCAUUGUAUUUGUCCAAAACAUUUAUUUUGGUCUACACAAUUACAUAGUUGUAUAGUAUGUCAUGAUUUAUUAAUUGGUAAUCGUUGUUUUCGUUUAUCAAAUCAUAAAUCAACAUGGGAUGAAGCAAAUGAUUAUUGUCAAAAUGAUAUUAUUGAUGAUGAACAGGAAUAUACGAUGAAAUUAGUAUCAAAUCUUAAUCAAACAGAUAUUCAAUAUUUUAAAAAACGUUUUUUACAUAGCCCGAAUCAUGAAGAAAUUGAUUAUAUGUAUUGGAUUGGUGCAACAAGUAAUUUUAAUGAAAAAAAUUUAUAUCAAUAUAAAUAUCGAAUUAAACGACAAAUACCAACAACUGUAUUUCGUUGGUAUGAUAAUCAUGAAAUAGCACAAAUUAAUUUUCAUAAUAUUUGGUGUUCACAAAGUGAUUAUAUGCAUUUAGCAACAAUAAAUAAUAAUGAAUUAUGUAAAUUAUCGAUUUAUAUGUGA